AUGCCUUCUCCGCCACGAGGCCACACAACAUUCCCGAGUGACGCAGAGCUCUUCUACUUCUGCACGACGUCGUCAACCUCUGCCGAAGACCUUGGUAUAACCUAUGCACCCCCAUCGCAAUCAUCUCUGCGAGUUGGCGUCAUCAUCUUUGGACAAGAUCAGAUUCAACUUACAGAUCUUGCUGCUGUCGACCUCUUGUCCGCCCUGAGCAGGAGUAGAAUCGGCAAGCUGAAUGCUCCCGCGAGUACGCUCGACGACGCUGUCGACGAGGUAGACAUUCGCUAUGUCAGUGUGACCGGAGAGGGGUCGUUUCCAGUCACCUCUGGCGCUCGAAUGCCAGUGACGAACUCCUUCGGGAACGCACCGCAGUUCGACGUUCUGGUCAUUCCUGGAUCGUUUUCAACAAGAGAGCUAUCGGAAGCAGCGACAACCUUUGUCAGUGCACAAUGCUCGAGCCCAGAUCUGCAUGCAGUUUUUAGCAUAUCUUCUGGUAUGUUACAUCUUAUCCAGACUGGUCUCCUCUGGAAACGACGAGCAUCAGCACCGCGUUGUUUGAUACCGGCUCUCCAACAGCGCUACCCAGAGACAUGGUGGCAGACAGCAGCCUGGAAUCGACACGAGAAGAUUUGGAGUAGCUCUACCGCCAUGUCUGCUCUUGACAUGACGGCCUCGUGGAUGCGCGAAUUCUUCUGGGAUCGACAAGAAGCCGUGGAGUGUGCGUUGGCUGCUGCUGGAAUCGGAUCGCUGGACGAUUUCGAGGAUUGA